AUGGACCCAGCUAGGCUGCCCCCCAACGACACCUCCGCCCCUCCUCCUCCAUCAUUCAUAGUCGACGACAUUGACGAACCGGCUUCCAACACGUCGCCGUUCGAUGACGAACCCUUUGGCCAGUCAUCCUCUUCGCAAGGAAGCUUUCUAGCUCCGUCGUCAGCCAUGUCAACCGACGAGGACAACCCGAGCGGCGGCGAAGGCGAUGGCGCUGCUGCUGUCCCGAGCCCCUUCAACUUCCAGACCCAAGUCAUUUCGACGGCGCCCGUCAAGUCGAACAUCGGACAGCGACGCGGCCAUCGAUACAAGCACAGCAGCAUCUCGACGCAGCAUCAGAUCUUUCAGGAGCCUCCACCGCGGCCUCCUCCCGUACUCCCCGCCUCUUUGCCGAUCCCCACGCUACGUGAGGCCUGGAAGAGCAUGCAAAAGGACCAGCGCACGCGGCUGUACUGGGUUCUGUGCCACGUAGCCGUAGCCAUGUACACCUUCUUUAAGUCCGAGGGGUCGCUGGCGACGACUGCGCUGUCGCAUCUUGUCUUCUUCGACGCCGGGAGCGCAGCAGUGUGCGUGGCUGUCGACGUCCUGGGCAAUUUUGAGGUGUGGCGCCGGAGCAGCAUCCGCCACCCCUUCGGCCUCGAGAGGGCCGAGGUCCUCGCCGGCUUCGCUAUGUCCGUCCUCCUCCUGUUCGGCGGCUUUGACCUCGUGUCGCACAACCUGAAGCACUUCCUAGCAUCUGUGGGCACCGAGAGCGGCCACGACCACGCCCACGAGCAUGAGGGUCACCACUCCUCCAUUAAUCUCGUCUCUCUCGCCGCUGUCGCGAGCAGCCUCGUCUCGGCCUAUGGGCUCAAGAACCACGCCCGCAUCGCCAAGCUCAUGCGUGUCUCGUACCUUGCCUCCCUGCCCAGCAUCCUCUCCAACCCUUUCCACUUUCUCACCCUUUUCUUCUCCGCCGUCAUCGCCCUCCUCCCGCUCCUGUCUAUCUCUCUGUACGCUUGGCUCGAUCGCCUCAUCUGCGCUACCAUCUCGGCUGCCAUGUUCGCCCUGGGAAUGCGCCUAGUUGUAGCUCAGGGUCUCAUGCUGCUCAUGUCCUAUGGAGGUCACGGCGGCGACCUAGGCGUCUCCUCUGUCCUGCGCGACAUCGAGUCCGACCCGGCCGUCCUGCGCGUCCACGACGCCCAGUUUUGGCAGGUUCACUACGGUCUGUCUAUGGCUAACCUCAAGCUCGCCGUGUCCAAGGGCAGCGACGACUCGUCCAUCGGAAAGUUGCGCUCCCGCAUUUCCUCUCUUAUUCAGAACCGUCUGGCUGAAGGAUAUGGCAACGGCGGCACCAUGCGCUGGGAGGUGACACUGCAAACCAGCCCGGAUCCUGUGGCAUGA